GUGCUCGUGGUCCGGUCUCACGGGAAAGUCCAAUGACCAGAAUAGCUGCGCAAGAUCGGGGGAGAUUUUUGGAAAUCCCCUGAACGUUUCUCAGCAUGUGUGCAUCUUUUUACUGAGGCGCCAGAUGAGAAGUGGUGGAAUCGCCGACACAAGCAACUGGACCUCAGGACUCCAUGGCGUCUCCUCUUCCAAACCAACUCCUUGCCUACCUCCUCCUCACCCUCUUCGUCCUCACCAUCCGACUCGCACAUGCUGAAACGUUUAAGAAGACAGGUGGCCCCAAUGAUGUGGAGGUGGAAAGGAAGUGUGGAUUCUCACUCAAGACCAUUCACGACUGCAAAUACCAGAAGUGCCAGGAGGCUUCGACCAUCUGUGCAGCAAUGACUCCUGGGGAUCAGCCCGUCGAUUCCACAGACUGUCAGAUCGAGCGCUGCAUGAAAGAGAAGAAGAAAUGUGAAGAGAAACUGAAUAAAUACCUCUCUGAGGAGGAGAAAUGUGAGGGCGAUGCAUUCAACGAUGUGGAUAUGAAUUGCUUGCUGAAGUUUCGCACAUCAUUGGACCAACUCACAGAGUGCAAGAGGGACGGGUAUCUGCUGAACAGGACAGUCUGCUUCAAGGAGGAGUGGUCGCGUAGAAUUACCGCUUAUGCCACAAGCAAGCUCAAGGCAUUCAAGAUCUCCUCUGAGGCUCAAAAAUGUGCAUACAACAAGUGCUUCGACAACGUGAAGACCUGCCUGCACGAGCAUCACACCGAGCUAGCUGUCAACCCAGCCUCGAAGCGUCGGUUCGAGAUGGACCACUGCGCCUACGUGGCCGUCGACUUCCCCCACGAGUGCGAGAACAUAAUCAGCAUCGCAGGAUGUGCGGACAGCAUUGCAACAUGCAUCGAAAACCAUCCUGACUACACCUAUUUAGUGAUCAUUGGAGGAGUGGUGGGCGCGGUGGCGGUGGUGGCAGUGGUGGUGGCUGUCUCGUUCAAAUUCAGAGAAGAAAUCUCCGCAUUCAUUGAUCAAUUGAGAGAUCGCCUCCCCGCAUGCAUUCAUCAAUCGAGAGAUCACCACGCUGUCGACAGCCAGCCGGUUGAUCUAGUUAUAUAGAGGAAGCAAAAUGAAAGCAGCACUCUCCAACACUCUCAUCCCCACAGUCCCCAUUUUCAACACUCCUCCCACUCUUCUCCCCCUCUCCCCCCCCCUCAUACUAGGUGAUUAGGGGUGGGUGGUCCUUGUACUGGCCAAUAGCUGAUUAGGUUCUCGCUGUCACUAAGUUGGUUAACCACUGUAGUUUGUGCUCCUUUAACAGAAGAGCAGGAGCAAAAAAACCCUCAGCUGAUGCUCUCUCGUUGUGGCCAGUAGCAGCAGAACUCCGUAUUGGGUAUGCAGCUCCUGCACCACAUCGCUGCUGUUGCUGCCAUCAUCAAGCCCAAGAGAGUCGAAUAUAAUCACACAGAGAGAUGCAUCAAUAUUCAGAGACGUACAUAGAGACUUAGUGAUACUUAAAAACCCAGAGAGGUAUAUAGAGACUCCUAUAGAUACACUGAGACUCGUAGAGGCUGUAUAGUAAAACGACUGCGGUCUGUGCUCCUUCAACGCCCUCUGGUUGUGGCAGCAGAAGCAGCAGGACCUCCACAAUGGGCAUCGAGCUCCGGAACUACGUCGUUGCUGCUUCCACCAAAAGUAGAACAGAAUCACACUCGCGUGUGUGUAUGUGAGAGUGUGCACCACAAAGGGGAGUGUUAGUGUAGCGGUUAGCAUGCUGUGCUACGAACAGGGUGACCCGAGUUUGAUUCCUGCUCACAGUUAAACCAGUAACGAUUAUCUGAUCGGGUCCUGGGCCCUCCCCUAGGUCGACUCAGUUACAAAUGAGUACCUGGUGCGGUGUGUAAACAUCGCAACUGGGGAGAAAAAGGCGGCUGGGCUUUGUGCUGGCCACCCACCCCCCUCGUUUGCCAUGCCGGCCUUCACAGGUUCUCGCUGACAGCACUUGCCCAACAGUUUGUUAAGGCUAUACGGGGAAUCUUUGUCUUUAUCUUUUUUAUACCAGAGAGACAUUUGUACGGGUGAGCGACGUAGACGGGUGAGUGACAUAGACGCGAAUUGAGUUGGUAGUUCGUGUUCCUCCACUAAAGGAGCGACCGCGCGAUUUGUUAUUGCAAUUUUAUAAUCACAAUCGUCCUUAUUUACCUUCAUAUCACUGUGUUUUAAAUUUCCAGUGUCCUUGCUAUCGCCUCCACACUCCCUCUGAGCAUUAUGAUCGAUUUACUGGCCCCACUCAGAUUCGGCCAUCGCCUUUCUGUUUCUUUCAGACUGUUAACGGUGGUUAGGGAGAUUGUAUCUUCUUGUCCUGGUAUACAAGAGGUCGUGGGUUCGAUCCUGACCCUGAAGACGCCUGCUUUUGUAUAUUUGGAGUAUGCAUCUCUCUCUUUCCCCCGUGGAUUUUCUCCAGGUCCUCCAGUUUUCUCCUCCACAUUUAAAAUCAACGACAUGCGUUGCGAGUAUUUGGCUGCUAUACAUUUCCACGUGAUGAUGAACCACUUUAUUUAGCUAUCGUUUGUAACCAGGUCCCUUCUGAAAAAGAGCUACGCAGCUCAGGGGGCCUUACCUGGUUAAAUGAAAGUAAAACGAUAGCUCAACAAAGUGGUGUAUCAUCACGUCGAAAAGCUUUAAGUCAAGAUUUAAUGAAAGUCAGUUUAAUAGUGAACGAGUAUUCAUAUUCUUGGGUUUUUUCGGUAAAGUCACGUAGGUAUACAAACACAGACAUAAUUUCGACCGUGAUGAUGGUUACAAACUGAGUAAUCGUUGGAAAGAUAUUCUUAGGUUUUUUCGGUAAAGUCACGUAAGUCACAUUCAUAAGACUAUGAAUCCUUGCAGUCACGAAAGCUUCAAACCUAGAACAUUGGAAAGAUGUGAUUAACCAUGCAAAAAAGAUUUAACUACACUUAUUUGGACCAUCUUAUUUGACAGACAACUAUUACAGGUUAUUGAUAGACAGCCGUUCUUGUUUUACCAGGUUUAGGUUUUUUCUUUUUUCACACUUUUGUUAUGUAGGCUAGGCGUAGUCACAAACUGUACCUCUCCAUAACAAAGGCUCAGUCUUUUGUUAUGCAGUCUAUUCUUAGUCUUAAGCCUCACCUUACCAUAUUAAUAAAAAGUGUGCCGUACUUGGCCCUUCCCACUCUUCAACCAUUAUAUAUACGGAGUGGUAGCUCUUGUAAUCUCUCAUUAACUUGAUACAGCUGUCGUGGCUGUGACGGUUCCACCUGAGGACGGAAGCUUGUGUUGCCUCCGAAACGUCGUGAUUUUUAUUUUAUUUUACUUUUAUUAAUUUUAAUUUUUUACCUACGUGACUUUACCGAAAAAACCUAAGAAUAUGAAUCCUUGCAGUCACGAAAGCUUCAAAUCUAGAAGUGAACGAGUAGUCUGCUGGGGUUCAAAUAGAAACCGGAGCACCCCGUAUGAUCAAUCCUUAGCUUUUAGGUCUCUCCACUUAUACGAAUGAACUAUUUUGUUUGGAAUGUAAUCUUUCUCUCACUCUCGCUCUCUCUCUUAUACAAGAGGCAAGGGAACUCUCACAUCUUCAUUUUGUCUGUCCAAUGUGGCAGCUAUUUUGUGACAUGGCCACUAUUUUGUCCAUGUGACAUGGCCGUCAUUUUGUCCGUGUGACAUGGCCACGAUGUUGUUCGUCUCAAAUUGCUGUUACCUUAUACAUGCCGCUGUACAAAAGCUGGGGAGUCUAAAUCGAUUAAAGCUUGGUUUUACAAAACUGA